AAGGUUUACGUCACUUAAAAAUCUCAAGCAUUCUGUAAUAGAACCUUGGCUGUGGGUAAGAUGUCUAUGACGCCACGUUACGUAUACAAGCAUCUUUCUUCCAUUGGUUGUCUGUGGUGUUGACAACGCCUGCCAUCGACUGAGUAGCCUCAGAGACCUACUUGGAGCAUGAGGAUCUACGGAAUGUCGAAAUUGUUGACGACCUAAUACAUUUUGUAGGGCGCAUCACAAAGCAGACGGUCCAUAGUUCACUCCAUGUGGUCAGUCUGCGUUAUUCAUUCCAAAGUAUACGCUUCAGCUGUUACGGUGGCUUCAUAACAAAGGCACAUCACUCGUCUAUUGUUCGCAUGCCAAAAGGACCAAUUUACAGUCGUUUCGAAACUAGUAAUUCAUAACAAAUUGUGAAAUCUUUUUUUUUACUGUGUGCGUAUAUAUUAAGUUCCGUUUUUACACAGUUUCCGGUUCAAGCGCUGUAGCGGUGACAGAAGAAGACCCGCUUUUCGGUCGUCCUGCCACGGCGUGAACAUGCUGCCGCUUACUGGCAUGCUUUUGUUCAUGGCGAACGCGGCUUUGGGCGGAUCAGAGCCUCCUACCGAGGGUUUACCAAUAAUUCAGUUUAAACUCUACACGAGGAAACAUCCACAUUUCUCCCUUCACCUGGCAGAGGACGCGUCCAACUUGACAAUGACGGAUUUCAAUACGGACACCGCCACAGUAAUCAUCGUGCAUGGAUACACAGAGAGCCAUGACAGCAACACAGUGCAAGCAAUUCGUGACGCCUACUUGCAUGCGUCCGAUCUGAACGUUGUGGUGUUCAACUGGUGGAUGCUGGCGCGUGGACCACACUACGACGUAGCAGCCCGGAACACAAUGGAAGCAGGACGCAGGCUGGCCAACUUCCUGGACAGUCUGAUACGAGAAACCCAAACAACUGCUCUUCGGGGGUUGCACAUCGUGGGGUUUAGCCUGGGAGCACAAGUGGCAGGAAUUGCAGCCUCGCAGUUAAAAACUGGAUUGGUGCCCCGCAUCACUGCUCUGGAUCCAGCUAAACCAAAAUUCGAGAUCAGGACUAAUGAUGAGCGCUUGGAUGCUGGCGAUGCGGAGUUCGUCCAGGUGAUCCACACUGCAAGUGGCUUUCUGUCCUUCUUGGAGCCCGUUGGACACGCAGACUUCUACCCAAACGGCGGCAAGGCGCCCCAACCACCGUGCUCCGCCGAGGAAGCUUUAGUCUGCAGUCACCGUAUGGCGUGUACGUACUUCGCCGAGUCAGUGUACAGGCCGUUGGCAUUUCCAGCCUCUCUCUGUGACUCAUGGAACAACUUCAAGCAAGGAAAAUGCCAUGGAAACAUUAAAGUCUUCAUGGGUGCUUUCGCACCAACGAGCGCAAGAGGAAAGUUCUAUCUGAAAACCAAUUCCGAGGCGCCUUAUGGCGAAGGUCAAGGUGCCACAGCUGCUGAAGAUAUUUCCACACCCUCGCCGAACUGCAACAGUAGUUACGCGACGGAUAUAAAUAGCAAGAACUCACUGGGCUCUGAGAAUGCGCCACGGACUACCCAAUAUUUUUCCAAUGGACCAACAGAUCCAAGCAUUCAAGUUAAUAAUGACACUCACGUCUCAAAAACUGAGAGAAAAGCAGCUGCCACUAGCCCGUUUUUGUCAAUUUUUAUACUUCUGAUAGUUCUCUUCGUUAUAUUUAUUUUGGUCCUAUCCUUAAAUGUAGUGAUGGUUUACUGCAGGUGGGCAAAUGUAACUAAGCAAAAAAGAUCCUUUAAUUUAGCAAGUUUUUAGACAGCGCAGCCGUGAAGCAAACUUAAUGCGUCAUGGAUCGACCAGACUACGGAAGAGCAUUCGCCUCUAUAGUUGUAAUCCGAGGUCUGAACCUUCUUAUUGUAUUUGCUCAAUUUUAACACUAUUUAGCACAUGUUACCUGACUUUUAUACUUGCAAACAUAAUACAGAAACCCAGGAACCAUUUUGUCUUUAUCAUCAUAAGAUUCCGAAAUGGAAAUGUGUUUUGUUUUUCUAUUACUCCCGAAAAUAAAUUAUUUUAAAUGCAGCUGUCCGAGAAACUAUACAUUCCCCAACAGCAACUCGGCUCAGUGGAUUUAUUUCGUGUUGCGAAUUGCUAAUUAAUUGCAGACAUGCCACAGUAUAUUUAAAAUGGUGCUAUUUGAUAUACUGUUUUACUAAUUAAGAAAUAUAUCACUGAUGAAAUGUUAAGAUGAGACUAAAGUAUGGACUGUAGGAGAGGAUAUUUGUAGAUAUUUUGAAUGUCCUAUUAGUAGUAUAAUAAGGAUUCCACCAGUUGUGACUUGUAGAAUAAGAUGAAUAAACAUCAGCAUUACUGUAGCAGAAAAAUCGGUAAAGCAAAUAAAACUGAAAAAAUCCA